GCCUGCAAUUACAUGAACGUAAAAUGCGAAUUACUCACUUUUAUCGAAAUAUGCAUACAAAUAGAUCGUUUUCAAUCCUAGCGCUUUGCCCACGACGACAGCGAAAGCAUUUGAAGCUUCCAGCUCUGGGCGCUUUUUGCAUGCUUCCAUAGCGUCGUCUCUUUCGCACCUUCACGCCGCGCUGAGAGUGCUGCGCAGGACACGCACGCAUCAUCGCUGCAUCUCGCGUGGACCGAGGGGUGAGAGUGGGAGCUUUGCGUGGGCUUUUUGAAAAUUCGCACUGAGGGGAAGGGCUUGAAGCGUGGUGCCAACCAAAAAAAAAGCAUCAAAUCCUGUUCAAUCGUGUUCUAGCAUUCGGAGAGUGAACACGCUGCGAUUUCCCGUGCCCAGUAUUCUGCGACGCCAUUGCUCAACCGACGCCACAAACCGACGCCAUCACCCGGGGAGCUUGGGAGCCUAGGGAGUGUGGAUUUUCUGCCUCGUGACCGUUUGCCAGCGGUGAGUACCGGUUAUUUUUGGUGACUGUUAGACUAGUGCUUGUGUGGGGGGAUUAUUUUGUGCCAACGGACAACAGCAAACUUGCGUCUUGGUGCGACUUGGUGCAGUGAGGCCCGCAAGAUGGCGGGCCCGAGUGGAGGCGGGUGGGGACACGGUCCCCCCCCAGUGAAUAAAAGGGGUCGUCAGGCCCCCGAAUGGCUCGAUCCAGCGAACGUACACGGCGAACUGCGCUAUCUGAUUUUGGCGCCCCAGAAGGGUUUUGCCAUUCCGAAGAACGCGUUUUUGAUCGAGAAAAGCCUCUCGCCGUUCGUCGGUCCCAUCGAGCCUUGCGUGCCGAUGGACCAGGGCGCGCGAUAUCUCAUGAAAACACGCAGUCGUGAGCAGUUCGACAAACUGCUUGCGAUCAAGAAACUGAUCGAUGGUACCCCGGUGGAAAUCACCUCUGACCGAGCUCGCAAUACCGUACAGUGUGUGAUGGUCACUCCGUACCUGGACGGACUAACGGACGAAGAGAUUCUAGCCCAAAUCGAGGGAACAAAAAUCGUGGAGGUGAAGCGGUUCAUGCGCAAGGUGGACGGUGCGGUGAAACCGACCAACGCCUACCUACUACGUGUCGACUCGGUCACGGUUCCGGAGGAGGUGCGCGUUGGCUGCAUCUCGGUGCGCACGCGUCCCUACUACCCCCGGCCCAUGAUAUGCUUUAAAUGCUUGAUUGUGGGACACACCACGGCUCGGUGCAAUUCUGCUCCAGCCUGCCCGAACUGCUCAAUGCCGGAGCAUGGAUCUUGCAACAACCCACCCCGAUGCAAAAACUGCAAAGGAGAUCACGCUACCCUGAACCGCUCCUGCCCGGUCUAUCUGGCCGAACAGAACAUUAUCCGCAUCAAGGUGGAUAACUGUAUCAGCUACCCAGAAGCGCGCAAAAUAUACAGUCAGGUACAAGAGUCCGCCGUCCAAAAGCGACUGGCUAAUGCUCAGCAACAACCACAACAACCACAACCACUGCAACAACAACCACAACAAAAUGACACGGCACCGGCCGAACGCGACGCAACAAUAGAAAAGCUAAAGACCAUGUUAAACUCGGCCUUUGCAAAGAUCCAGGAAUUGAUUGAGGAACGCGACUUCUUCAAAAGCCAGGUCCAAUCCCGACGCAAGGACAAGCACACCGAAAACGCCGACUCGAAUCACACGGACUCGAACAGCGACAGCAACGCUGGCGCGAACUCGAACCAUGACACAAACAUGGAAACUAACGCGGAACAGAACAUCGACACAAACAACACUAACGCGAACAACAACACGAACACGGACGCAAACGUAGCUACGCAAAAAGACUCGAAGACUUCUACCCCGAUCGGACCGAAACGAAAAGCCUCCCCCUCAUCCUCAUCCUACAGCACCGUCGACACAACAAGCGAAGAGAAAAUUCCUCACGGCAACAACAGUACACCAUCGAAAACAAAAUCGCACAAAAGGGGAAAACGUAGAUCCAACAAGCGAAAAACAGGCUUUAGAUAUUGACCUAACGCUUCGAAUUAGACUUCUGCUCUCGAUACUUGGCACUAUUUAUUUGAAUAAUUAAAAUUCCACAACACCAACAACUCUACAGCUAACAUCUCUCCACUUAUCCUCAACUGGAACAUCAGAAGCCUUAAUUCAAACAUUGAUGAAUUACAAACCUUAGUAACUAAACACCAACCGUAUAUAAUCACACUCCAAGAAACAAUAUUUAUUCCACCUGUUUUUAACACUUCCUUCACGCAAUACCAAUGGUAUUUUAAAAAUUUCAACAAUAUUUACCACAACAUAGCAAUAGGCGUUUUAAAAACAAUCGACCACAAAUUCGUCCCCAUCAAUUCACCACUCCCAGUACUAGCCGUGAAAAUAAAAUAUCCCUGCACAGUGACCAUCAUCAAUAGCUACAUUCCCCCUUCAUCAUCUCUCUACCUAAUAAACGACCUCAAUAGCGUAGCCAUGCAAACCGACCACCCUAAGAUAAUAAUUGGCGAUUUAAACUGCUCCCACACAGCGUGGGGCAACGAUAAGUGUACUCCACGCGGUAAACUGCUGUACGCUUACUUUGAGCUUAACAGCAUGUAUGUGCUUCAAAAUCAGCAACCCACUCGCAUUUCUCCCGCUGAUGGAAAGGAAUCCACUCUAGACCACUGUGCAGUAUCGAACGAUAUUUGCUCUCAAUUCAAACUGUCCAUAGCCCCCGACCUUCACGGCAGUGACCAUUUUCCAAUUUUUAUUCAACACAGCCAAAUAGACGCUAGACCAACAUCCCGACCUCGUUGGAAAUAUGAACAGGCCAAUUGGUCGCUAUACCAGCAAACAAUAGACUCACACAUCUCGGCCAACAACGACAUGACAAUAGACGAGCUCCACAACCUAAUCUUAAAAGCAGCCAAACUCAGUAUUCCUAUUACAAAAGGUUUUAAAUCCGGCAAAUCCGUACCCUGGUGGAACAAGGACGUUCAAUUAGCCAUCAAAGAACGCAGAUCCGCCCUUCGCAAACUGCGGCGAAGCACUCGUAUUCCCAACAACCCCAUCACACCUCAUCUAGCCAGCCUAUAUCGCAUAGCCAACUCCAAAGCUAAGCGAGCCAUCCAGGAGGCUAAGGCCUCCGGUUGGACUAGCUUGGCGCACAGUAUCAAGACAUCCAGUACACUCAAACAGGUCUGGGGACAGAUAAACUACAUGUCUGGGAAAAAACCAUCCUCUACCUUCACUUUGAUCGAAAACAACCAACCAAUUACAUCCACACCCGAAAUUGCCCAAACACUCGGCAAUCACUUCUACAACUCCUCAGCCACCAAAAACUACUCUACCAGUUUCAUAGCUCACAAAAUAAAUACCGAGUCCAACCUUCCGAUCUCUUUUCCUGACACAAACCACAAAUCGUACAAUCAACUGUUUUCCAUAAGAGAGCUCCACUGGGCACUUAACAGCUGCCAGGGAAACUCUGCCGGUGCCGACAAUAUCGGCUACCCUUUGCUCAAAAAUCUACCUCUCAUUGCUCAUUACCGUUUGCUCGCUAUUUACAACAAUAUCUGGACCACCGGAAACAUCCCAUCAGAAUGGAAAAAUAGUCUGAUAGUGCCUAUCCCCAAACCUAAUCAACCCAGCAAUAGUGCCAAUAGCUACCGGCCCAUCUCUCUACUCCCUUGCACCUGCAAGGUGAUGGAGAAAAUGGUCAACCGGAGACUCAUUACGAAGCUCGAAGACCGUAAACUCCUCAACAAACACCAACACGCCUUUCGACCCGGCAAGAGUAUGGAAACAUACCUUGCGGCAUUAGAGCAGUGUUUCUCUACAGCAAGGAACAAAGGAAAACACAUUAUCUGCGCAAUCAUUGACCUGUCAAAGGCCUUUGACCGCACCUGGCGAUAUUACAUAUUAGAUCAAUUGGCAAAAUGGGGCAUAGGUGGCCGCUUAACGGCAUUUCUGCAACAAUUCCUAACCGAUCGGACAUUUAAAAUCCUGCUAGGCUCGUACACUUCCCGCCCUUUCCCUCUAGAGAACGGAGUUCCGCAAGGGUCUUCUUUGUCUCCCACCCUCUUCCUUAUAAGCAUCGAAUCCCUAUUACUAUCCCUCCCCACAAACGUACACAUUUUCCUUUACGCCGACGACAUAAUACUAGUUUCCACACACCACUACGCCAAGACCGCACGACUCAAGCUACAGCAUGCUGUCAACAAGGUUUUCCAGUGGACCAACUGGACCGGCAAUUCUAUAGCGGCUUCAAAAAGUAAAAUUUUACAUAUACCAAGCGGAGUCACACGUGUCCGCAACCGUCCUAAAAUCAAAAUACAAGAUCAAAAAAUACAGGAAGUCAAACAAGCCUCCAUACUGGGCAUUAUCUUCGACAAAAAACUUACCUUCGGGCCCCACUGCAGGGAAAUUAAAAGACGCACCAUACCUCGUUUAAAUAUAAUCCGUACGUUGGCACAGAAUAACACCCCUCGCCCAGCGCUGUUGGCAGUCCUAAAGGGCUGGUUCUUGCCGCGGCUGCUGUACGGGGCGGAGAUUUCCUCACUAGGUUCCACAGAUCUUAUCCAACAGUUCGCUCCACUAUACCACCGGGCCGUCAAGCACAUAUCGGGUUGCUUCAAAACCAGUCCAACCGAAGCAGCACUAGUUGAAUGCGGCGUUCUUCCACUGAAAUAUCUGAUAACACAGAAAAUAUCCAACAUGGCAGGCAGAUUAGUAGAAGGAAAAAUCAAAGCCAACUCUUUUAUUCGACGAGCAAAAUACAAUAUGAAACUCACCAUAGGCCUGGAAUUUCCACAAAUACUCACCAUCAACAAAAAUAAGCUAAAACCGUGGUACAAUCCCACCAUCAAGGUAGACUGGUCGAUGCAACACAUUAGCAAGAACAACAACAAUAAUUCGGUUAUACUGCAGCAUUUUAUCGAAAUAGCCGACAAAUACAAAAACCAUUAUCAAAUCUACACUGAUGGAUCCGUUUUAUCACCUAACGCCGGUUGUGCAGUUUACACUCAAAAUAGAUGCCUAAAACUAAGAUUGCCUUGUCACACCACCAUUUUCUCAGCGGAAGCAAUAGCAAUCAUUAAAGCAGCAGAAAAAAUAGCACCUCCAAACACAGAAUGUGUUAUCUUCACCGACAGCGCAUCCGUAUUAAAAGCUAUAGAACAUGGCAACCUCAAAAACCCAUACAUUCAACAAAUAGAGCAACUUUCUAACAUCAGACACAUCAGCUUCUGCUGGAUCCCCAGUCACAAAGGGAUCCCUGGAAAUGACCAUGCCGAUAGAAUGGCCAACGAAGCCCGACUAUUACCUACAAUUGAAAACAACAAAUUGUCCAGAGCCGACUUUUGUCGUUGGCUCCACAAUCAGAUCAAAAUACAUUGGACAACAGAAUGGGUACAAUCCAACGACAAACACCUAAAGUGCAUAAAAACAGCAAUAGAUCCAUGGACUGACCACCCUUCCAGAAGCCAUCAAAGAAUUUUAACCAGAUUAAGAAUUGGUCACACACGUCUCACGCAUCGCCAUAUCUUAAAUAACGAAAACCCUCCAAUCUGCCCGUAUUGCGCCGCAGACACCACAGUUAAACACUUACUGAUUGAAUGCCCAGAGUACGAUAAUACAAGAGCCAAACUCAAUUUAUCAAAACACAUCGAACAGGUCUUACAGAACGAUACAAAAACAGAAAUGAAAGUUAUAAGUUAUCUAAAAGAGACCAUGUUACUGGAUGAUAUAUAAUCCACCAAAAGAGGCGAAUGAGCUAGACCUCAAAGUCUCUAUAAAAAUAAGUAAAACUAAACUAAACGGCGAACAAAAGUGAACAAUUCUAUACAUUUUCCUUGGAAAUCUGCGAAUUUCAUCUGCUCUCCUGCAAACACGUCCGUUCAGCUCGAAGUCCCAAAGCAAAAUGGCCCCGAAGACCAGCGGC